CUCCACCCCCGCGCGGCGGAGGCUCGCAGCUCGGUCCCCAGCCCGCGCGCUCCACACAAGCCCAGCCCGGGCGAGCGGCAGCCACCUGCCCGGCGCCGCCUUAGCGCGCCCCGCCGCGGCCCAACUUGGAUGGAGUUGGGGUCCUGAGCGCACACCCUUCCGCCGUCAGUCGGGAGCCCCGCGCCGCCGCCUGCCUUCGGUUCGGGAUCCCCUCUCCGCUUCUUUCUGCUCCCGCGAUGGGAAAAGUUGCAGCCGCCGGCGGCUCCCCGGUCCGGCUGAGCGCGCUCCUGGCCGGCGCGGGGCUUCUGGUGCUCUUAGCCCCCGGAGUCUGCAGCAGCCGCUCCUGCUGCCCCUCGCAGCACCCCGGCUCGACCCCACGCUGGACCCUGACGCCAAGAGGUCUUCCUCACCCGGGACCGCUAGGUCGGGCUCCUGCCACGCCCCCGCCCCUUGUCAUGAGACCCCUGUUCGUAGUGGCCCCCGGGGACCGGGCGCUGUCUCUGGAGCGAGCUGGGGGCAGCAGGGUGUCCGUGGCGACCGCUGCACGCUCUGGCCGAAGGAGACGAAGUGGAGCGGAUCCUGAGAAGACUGAACCCGGAGAGGGUGCGAGUCGGAGUCGCCGGGGCAUGCUAAGGGAUGGAGGGCAGCAGGGGCCUGGGACUGGCGCGCGGGACCCGGACAAAGCCACCCGCUUCCGGAUGGAGGAGCUGAGACUGACCAGCACCACGUUUGCGCUGACUGGAGACUCAGCACACAACCAAGCUAUGGUCCACUGGUCUGGCCACAACAGCAGCGUGAUUCUCAUUUUGACAAAGCUGUAUGACUAUAACCUUGGGAGCAUCACUGAGAGCUCACUUUGGAGGUCAACCGAUUAUGGGACAACCUAUGAAAAGCUGAAUGAUAAAGUGGGGUUGAAGACAAUUUUAAGCUAUCUCUAUGUGUGUCCGACCAACAAGCGGAAGAUUAUGUUACUCACAGACCCGGAGAUUGAGAGCAGCUUAUUGAUCAGCUCAGAUGAAGGGGCAACCUACCAAAAGUACCGGCUCAACUUUUACAUCCAGAGUUUGCUUUUCCAUCCAAAGCAAGAAGACUGGAUCCUGGCAUACAGUCAAGACCAAAAGUUGUACAGCUCUGCUGAAUUUGGCAGAAGAUGGCAGCUUAUCCAGGAAUCAGUGGUUCCAAAUAGGUUCUACUGGUCUGUGAUGGGGUCAAACAAAGAACCAGACCUUGUGCAUCUCGAGGCCAGGACCAUAGAUGGACACUCACAAUACCUAACUUGUCGGAUGCAAAACUGCACAGACGCCAACAGAAAUAAGCCUUUCCCAGGCUACAUUGACCCUGACUCUUUGAUUGUUCAGGAUGACUAUGUGUUUGUUCAGCUGACAUCUGGAGGAAGACCACAUUACUACGUGUCCUACCGAAGAAGCACGUUUGCACAAAUGAAGCUCCCGAAAUACGCUUUGCCCAAGGACAUGCAUGUCAUUAGCACAGAUGAGAAUCAAGUGUUUGCAGCAGUUCAAGAAUGGAACCAGAAUGACACCUACAACCUCUACAUCUCAGACACCCGUGGUGUCUACUUCACCCUGGCCUUGGAGAACGUCCAGAGUAGCAGAGGCCCUGAAGGCAAUGUCAUGAUCGACCUCUAUGAGGUAGCAGGGAUAAAGGGAAUGUUCUUGGCUAACAAGAAGAUUGACAACCAAGUGAAGACUUUCAUCACUUACAACAAAGGCAGAGACUGGCGUUUGCUGCAGGCUCCAGAUGCAGAUCUAAGGGGGGAUCCUGUGCACUGUUUACUGCCUUAUUGUUCACUACACCUCCAUCUCAAGGUCUCUGAGAAUCCCUACACAUCUGGGAUCAUUGCCAGCAGGGACACAGCCCCAAGUAUUAUAGUUGCUUCAGGUAAUAUAGGGUCUGAAUUGUCAGACAGCGACAUCAGCAUGUUUGUCUCCUCAGAUGCAGGGAACACUUGGAGGCAGAUCUUUGAAGAAGAGCACAGUAUUUUGUACCUAGAUCAAGGUGGAGUUCUGGUUGCUAUGAAACACACGUCUCUCCCAAUUCGACACCUUUGGUUGAGUUUUGAUGAAGGGAGAUCUUGGAGCAAAUACAGUUUCACAUCCAUUCCACUUUUUGUGGAUGGAGUUCUGGGGGAGCCUGGAGAAGAGACACUGAUCAUGACAGUAUUUGGACACUUCAGCCACCGCUCCGAAUGGCAGCUGGUCAAAGUGGAUUACAAGUCCAUUUUUGAUAGACGCUGUGCUGAAGAAGACUACAGACCCUGGCAGUUACACAGCCAGGGUGAAGCAUGCAUCAUGGGAGCCAAAAGGAUAUAUAAGAAGCGAAAAUCUGAGCGAAAGUGUAUGCAAGGAAAAUAUGCAGGAGCGAUGGAGUCUGAGCCUUGUGUUUGUACAGAGGCAGAUUUUGACUGUGACUAUGGCUAUGAGAGACAUAGUAAUGGGCAAUGCCUACCAGCUUUUUGGUUCAACCCAUCCUCACUGUCAAAAGACUGCAGCGUGGGACAGAGCUACCUCAACAGCACUGGGUAUAGGAAGGUGGUCUCCAAUAACUGUACUGAUGGGGUGAGAGAACAGUAUACUGCCAAACCACAGAAGUGUCCAGGGAAGGCUCCUCGAGGGCUCCGGAUUGUCACGGCAGAUGGAAAACUGACAGCAGAACAAGGACACAAUGUCACUCUCAUGGUGCAACUGGAAGAGGGUGAUGUGCAGCGGACACUCAUCCAGGUGGACUUCGGAGAUGGCAUUGCAGUGUCUUAUGUCAACCUCAGCUCCAUGGAAGAUGGAAUCAAGCAUGUUUAUCAGAAUGUGGGCAUUUUCCGAGUGACCGUGCAGGUGGACAACAGUCUGGGGUCUGACAGCGCCGUCCUGUACUUACAUGUAACUUGUCCGCUGGAGCAUGUGCACCUGUCGCUUCCUUUUGUCACGACAAAGAACAAAGAGGUCAACGCAACUGCGGUGCUCUGGCCCAGCCAAGUGGGCACCCUCACUUACGUGUGGUGGUACGGAAACAACACGGAGCCCUUGAUCACCUUGGAGGGAAGCAUAUCAUUCAAGUUUACUUCUGAAGGAAUGAAUACCAUCACAGUGCAGGUCUCAGCUGGGAACGCCAUCCUGCAAGACACAAAGACCAUAGCGGUGUAUGAGGAAUUCCGGUCUCUUCGCUUGGCCUUUUCUCCAAACUUGGAUGACUACAACCCUGACAUCCCCGAAUGGAGGAGGGACAUCAGCAGAGUCAUCAAAAAGUCUCUGGUGGAAGCCACAGGGAUUCCCAGCCAGCACAUCCUGGUGGCAGUGUUGCCUGGCUUACCCACAGCUGCUGAACUCUUCAUUUUGCCCUAUCAAGAUGCAACCAGAGAAAACAAAAGGUCACCAGAGGACCUGGAGCAGAUAUCUGAAGUUCUAAUCCACAAACUCAAUCAAAAUUUGGUGCACUUCGAGCUGAAGCCUGGGGUCCAAGUUCUUGUUCAUGCAGCUCACCUAACAGCAGCCCCACUGGUGGACCUCACUCCAACCCACAGUGGAUCUGCCAUGCUGAUGUUGCUCUCAGUGGUGUUUGUGGGGCUGGCCGUAUUCGUCAUCUACAAGUUUAAAAGGAGAGUAGCUUUACCCUCCCCUCCCUCCCCUUCUUCUCAACCUGGUGACUCAUCUCUCCGAUUGCAAAGACCAAGACAAGCCACUCCACCUUCAUCGCCAAAGCGGGGAUCUGCUGGGGCACAAUUUGCAAUUUAAGGAAAACCCCCAAAGACUACAGGAGACCUGCUGAUCAGAAAAGAAUUUCGCUCUUGUCAAGUACAUCAUCCUUCAUGACCACUAACUUUAUGUUUCUUUUUUUCUUCUGUUGUUCUGUUUCCUAUUUUGCCAGGAAGUAUUUCCAUAGUUGCUGAGAAUCAAAGCACAAAAGAAAUCCCUACCUAUGUAAAUGUUUGAAUGGAGGACGCCAGUAAAACAAACAAAAAUAAAAUAAAAACAAUCAAAAUCUAAGCUAACAAAUAAACACUCACUGCAUCGGGACUUUUAAAUUCUUCCGACACAGACAACAAGGGUUUUUAGCUUUAAGCCUGUGCAUGUGGACAAUACCUUGAGAACACGUUCGGAGGGGCAGUGUACAGGUGCUCUAUUUUAAUGGAAAACACUCCCCUCCCUCUUUCUUCUCUUUUUCUGAUCGGUCGUGUUUGUAGAACAUUCAUAACAUAUAUAGGCCAAGGAAAUCUGCAUGUAUUUUUGGAACUAUUCUUGGCUCUAGAUUGAACAGCUAUUUUAGCACUAUGGGCUGAGGGUGGAUUAGCCAUCUCCAGCCUUUUCACAGGACACAAAGACGUGCACAGGAGUUUGAAACCCUGAGCUGCUUCUCUGCUUUAUUUAUUGUUAACUUUUCCUUCCUAAGUUAAUGUUAGUGGCUCUGUUGGUCAGCAGUGACCACAGGCUGAUUUCUCUCCAUUUUCUGUGGCCACAGGGACAGCGAUCCUAGUUAAAGAUCCAUACCCAUGUAGGCAGAUUCAACAGGAACAGAAGGGAGACUUCUGUUUCAACUAGGAAGCAAAGCAUAUCAGAAAUGGACCUUUGUUUCCUGCUCAGAUUUUCUCCUUGCCCCAAGUAAUGUAAAAACAAGCAAUGACAAAAAAAAAGUGGGAAUUUUUUCCAGUAGAUACUUAUUAUUCUACCUUCCCAUUUGUUUGCUAUCUCUAUGUGGACAUAUUUCUCUUGAUAUCUUUCAAUUUUUUCCUCCUUGUCCCCGAUUAUCUUUUGACUGCUCUCACUUUUUCUCCUCAAAUGUGUUGCUAGAUUUUGGACCUUUAACCUGAUAUUUCCUAAAACUGGCCCAGCCUAGGCCAGCCCUGACUCCUUCUCUCACAGGUCUUCAUCUCUAUCAAUUUUCUACACUCCCAUGCAUGCCGGCUUCACUGCUCUCUGGCCAGGCUGCAUUCUGCCCAGCUGGAUUCAGUUACAUUUCCCCUUUGUCUCUUCCUCUGGAACCCUCUUUUGUCAAAUAUCUCUGUCUUUCCCACCUGGAAACAUAUGCUGUGUAUGAAAGAGUUGAUACAUGCAAAGCAACCCAAAUCUGGCCAUAUACUUUGGAAAGUAAAACAUAUAGAUGAACAGUGGUGGUUUUGCACAAUAACGAAAAUCUUAUGUGGUCUGAAUCUAGAAGAUUCUCACGAGGAAUGUUUUGAAUGUGUGACUAUACUGCAGGGUAAUAUGUUCUAUGAUAGUUGCUGUUAUCUGAUAUUUCCUCUCUAGAGUAACCAUAUUUGUAAAAUAAAAUUGAUUUUUAACCAGAAGGAGAAGCAGGUUAAUGAACUUAAUAUAUGAAACUAUUGAAAAAACUACAGAAAUCAAUCUUCUCUUAUAUUUGGAUGAGGCUUAGAUCAUUUAAGAUGAUCUUGCUGAUUUCAUGUGUGUAUUCCUAUUUUCGAGUGUCAUGGUAUUUAUAAGGAAAAAAAUAAGUCAAUAUAAAGGAAGAAUAGCUGCUUACAGAAAAGUAAGGAUCAUAAUCCUCGGGGCCUCAAAGCAACAGAAAAUCAGUUUCCUCAAAGGAAUUAUGAAAGAAGGCCCACAGAAACGAGCAGAGUUUGUGCCCCUGCUGAAGUGCUUCUGUAUGAUUGAAGUCUCUUUACUUUUCUGGACAGGAAAAAGCCCACUCUCAAGUGAAGAUGAUAGGUGUUCUGGUAAACCACUUCCAGAAUCCAGCCUCCUUUUUGGGUGUGUCCCAAAGCCAACAACAGGGUAUUGUCAAGGAUCUUGUUGUAUUCCAGGGAUCAGUAUAACUCCUGCCCUUUUGUGGUUGUAUCAGUGAUCACAUGACCCCUGCACAUGUAUGGCUGAGGAUAGGGGAGAGUAGGAAAGCUGAUGUCAGAGGUUACUAACAUAACCUACCAGAAAGCUUUAUGGUAGAAGAUGUCCCAUGUGAACUUGUGCAGUAAAUUAUGCCUGGGGACAUAAUCAAUUCUCAACCUUCCAGGCUUCCUAUCUCAUAGGAAAAAAACUUCCUUGAUUCUCUUCAAUUGGAGUCUUCCAUAUUUAGCCUGGAAGACAAAGUAUUUGGAAUCCAAAAUAGGUUCACUCAAACCACUGCAGGGAAUCCUCAGAGUUGCAGUUCAAAUUAUUCUAACUUGAAAGUCAUUAUUAAAAAUGGAAGACCACUCUUGAUUUAGCCCAGUGCCUUGCCUAGAAUAAUAUUGUGAAAAUUAUUUGUCAAUGAAAUGACAUGAGUGAAUGAAGAGACACAGGAAAGAAGGGGUUGUAAGUCUUCAUUUAAAGUAGAGGUGGGCUUGAGAGACCUGGCAUCCCAGAAAGUGACCAAAGUGAGCAGUGAUAGAUUCAGCUUCUCCAGUGUCCUCAUGUGCCUCUCCUCCAAGCUCCCUCCCACCUAUAGGUGAUUGGUGAGGCAAGCUGCUGCUUAGAGGAGACCUCAGAGUCCCUGUUACCUUGGCCAGUGGCUCUCAAAGUGUAAGGCUUUGGAGAACACUAUCAGUGUCACCUACACUUGUUGGAAAUGCAGAUUCAAACCAGGCUGAAACAGACCCUGCUAUUUUGGAAAUAUUUGGGAUCAACAGUAUUGUUUUCUGUUCACGGGUCAUGGUAGCCCCAACAGUCUGCUUCAACACCCAUCCAGGUGAUUAUGAUAUAUGCUCAAGUUUGAGAACCUCGAGACCAGGCCUUGGAGUAGAAUACCAAGGAAAAGGUAACACUGAGAACCUAUAAGUGGUGGGGGGACCCAAGUGCCUACUUCUCACUAAUAGCAGGUGCAAAUACAAUGAGGAGUCUGGCAAGGUUAAGGCCAAAAGAGUGUGGGGAGGAAUACAUAGAAGGGAAGAUUCAGGGCAAGCUAAAAAUUGGAUACUGCAACAUUUCUUAAAAGUCCAGAGGGAAAACUGUGCAUGCUGUACCCUGAACUACCCAUCAACAUUUCCCCUUUGCCUUAUUCCUAAUUGGAUUCACUGUCCAAAUUGCAGAGGUUUGCUUUGAUUUUUUCCAGAAGUUCCAAACAGCAACUUUGAAAGCAAUGGGGUGCUUGGCAGCUGUUCUGUGUUUUCCAGGAUUCCAACUGAGCAUUGAAACCCCUCAUUUGCCAACUUAUUUUUAUAGGAAGCCAAUUUAAAAAAAAAUGAAAGUUUUCUUAUAGUAUUGGAACUACUUCUAAUUUUAAAAUGACUUUUUUGAUGUAUUUUUUGUUAAAUACUAUGUAGUGUAAUGUAUAAUUGCUCUUGUUUAUUGCUUUUACAAUCAUAUUUAUUAAACAGAUAAUAUCUCUAAAAU